AUGUCUGCUUCAACAGUUGGUAAUCCAAUUCUUCAAAAGAGUACUGUACAUCUCUACAGAGAUUGUAUUAGAUUAGCUAAAUAUAUUGGUUCAAUGAAUGGAUAUACAAAGAAUUUACAUAAACAAGUAGGAAAUAUCUUUAGAGAACAUAAAUACGAAACAAGUCAAGAGAAGAUCGAAGAAUAUAAGACAGAUGCCACACGUUUCUUAACAAAUUUUAUGCAACACGAAGCAGAAAGACUUGCAAGAUUAGAUCAAGCACAGAAACAAAAGCAUAUUAAACCAUCUCCAACUUUAGAUUAA